AUGUUAUAUGAAGUAGAAGGAGUGCGGCUGCAGCUCCAGCUGCGCCAUCUUGGCGAGCAGGCGGUGCAGGCGGCGCUGCGCGGCCUGCACGUCGCGCGGCCCGCCGCCCCCGCCCGGCGCCGCGCCCCACACCACGCACAGGCGCUGCCACACGUGGCGCGGCAUCUACGGUACCAUCCUACAUAUUACUAUACUGCGCGGCAUCUACGGUACCAUCCUACAUAUUACUAUACUGCGCGGCCUGCACGUCGCGCGGCCCGCCGCCCCCGCCCGGCGCCGCGCCCCACACCACGCACAGGCGCUGCCACACGUGGCGCGGCAUCUACGGUACCAUCCUACAUAUUACUAUACUGCGCGGCCUGCACGUCGCGCGGCCCGCCGCCCCCGCCCGGCGCCGCGCCCCACACCACGCACAGGCGCUGCCACACGUGGCGCGGCAUCUACGGUACCAUCCUACAUAUUACUAUACUGCGCGCAUCUACGGUACCAUCCUACAUAUUACUAUACUGCGCGGCCUGCACGUCGCGCGGCCCGCGCCCCCGCCCGGCGCCGCGCCCCACACCACGCACAGGCGCUGCCACACGUGGCGCGGCAUCUACGGUACCAUCCUACAUAUUACUAUACUGCGCGGCCUGCACGUCGCGCGGCCCGCCGCCCCCGCCCGGCGCCGCGCCCCACACCACGCACAGGCGCUGCCACACGUGGCGCGGCAUCUACGGUACCAUCCUACAUAUUACUAUACUGCGCGGCAUCUACGGUACCAUCCUACAUAUUACUAUACUGCGCGGCCUGCACGUCGCGCGGCCCGCCGCCCCCGCCCGGCGCCGCGCCCCACACCACGCACAGGCGCUGCCACACGUGGCGCGGCAUCAUACGGUACCAUCCUACAUAUUACUAUACUGCGCGGCCUGCACGUCGCGCGGCCCGCCGCCCCCGCCCGGCGCCGCGCCCCACACCACGCACAGGCGCUGCCACACGUGGCGCGGCAUCUACGGUACCAUCCUACAUAUUUAUACUGCGCGGCAUCUACGGUACCAUCCUACAUAUUACUAUACUGCGCGGCCUGCACGUCGCGCGGCCGCCGCCCCCGCCCGGCGCCGCGCCCCACACCACGCACAGGCGCUGCCACACGUGGCGCGGCAUCUACGGUACCAUCCUACAUAUACUAUACUGCGCGGCCUGCACGUCGCGCGGCCCGCCGCCCCCGCCCGGCGCCGCGCCCCACACCACGCACAGGCGCUGCCACACGUGGCGCGGCAUCUACGGUACCAUCCUACAUAUUACUAUACUGCGCGGCCUGCACGUCGCGCGGCCCGCCGCCCCCGCCCGGCGCCGCGCCCACACCACGCACAGGCGCUGCCACACGUGGCGCGGCAUCUACGGUACCAUCCUACAUAUUACUAUACUGCGCGGCCUGCACGUCGCGCGGCCGCCGCCCGCCCGGCGCCGCGCCCCACACCACGCACAGGCGCUGCCACGUGGCGCGGCAUCUCGGUACCAUCCUACAUAUACUAUACUGCGCGGCUUCGGUACCAUCCUACAUAUUACUAUACUGCGCGGCCUGCACGUCGCGCGGCCCGCCGCCCCGCCCGGCGCCGCGCCCACACCACGCACAGGCGCUCACGUGGCGCGGCAUCUACGGUACCAUCCUACUUAUUAUAUACUGCGCGGCCUGCACGUCGCGCGGCCCGCCGCCCCGCCCGGCGCCGCGCCCCACACCACGCACAGGCGCUGCCACACGUGGCGCGGCAUCUACGGUACCAUCCUACAUAUUACUAUACUGCGCGGCUGCACGUCGCGCGGCCCGCCGCCCCGCCGGCGCCGCGCCCCAACACCACGCACAGGCGCUGCCACACGUGGCGCGGCAUCUACGGUACCAUCCUACAUAUUACUAUACUGCGCGGCCUGCACGUCGCGCGGCCCGCCGCCCCGCCGGCGCCGCGCCCCACACCACGCACAGGCGCUGCCACACGUGGCGCGGCAUCUACGGUACCAUCCUACAUAUUACUAUACUGCGCGGCAUCUACGGUACCAUCCUACAUAUUACUAUACUGCGCGGCCUGCACGUCGCGCGGCCGCCGCCCCCGCCCGGCGCCGCGCCCACACCACGCACAGGCGCUGCACACGUGGCGCGGCAUCUACGGUACCAUCCUACAUAUUACUAUACUGCGCGGCCUGCACGUCGCGCGGCCCGCCGCCCGCCGGCCGCCGCGCCCCACACCACGCACAGGCGCUGCCACACGUGGCGCGGCAUCUACGGUACCAUCCUACAUAUUACUAUACUGCGCGGCCUGCACGUCGCGCGGCCGCCGCCCGCCCGGCGCCGCGCCCCACACCACGCACAGGCGCUGCCACACGUGGCGCGGCAUCUACGGUACCAUCCUACAUAUUACUAUACUGCGCGGCCUGCACGUCGCGCGGCCCGCCGCCCCCGCCCGGCGCCGCGCCCCACACCACGCACAGGCGCUGCCACACGUGGCGCGGCAUCUACGGUACCAUCCUACAUAUUACUAUACUGCGCGGCCUGCACGUCGCGCGGCCCCGCCCCCCCCGGCGCCGCGCCCCACACCACGCACAGGCGCUGCCACACGUGGCGCGGCAUCUACGGUACCAUCCUACAUAUUACUAUACUGCGCGGCCUGCACGUCGCGCGGCCCGCCGCCCCCGCCCGGCGCCGCGCCCCACACCACGCACAGGCGCUGCCACACGUGGCGCGGCAUCUACGGUACCAUCCUACAUAUUACUAUACUGCGCGGCAUCUACGGUACCAUCCUACAUAUUACUAUACUGCGCGGCCUGCACGUCGCGCGGCCCGCCGCCCCCGCCCGGCGCCGCGCCCCACACCACGCACAGGCGCUGCCACACGUGGCGCGGCAUCUACGGUACCAUCCUACAUAUUACUAUACUGCGCGGCCUGCACGUCGCGCGGCCCGCCGCCCCGCCCGGCGCCGCGCCCCACACCACGCACAGGCGCUGCCACACGUGGCGCGGCAUCUACGGUACCAUCCUACAUAUUACUAUACUGCGCGGCCUGCACGUCGCGCGGCCCGCCGCCCCCGCCCGGCGCCGCGCCCCACACCACGCACAGGCGCUGCCACACGUGGCGCGGCAUCUACGGUACCAUCCUACAUAUUACUAUACUGCGCGGCCUGCACGUCGCGCGGCCCGCCGCCCCCGCCCGGCGCCGCGCCCCACACCACGCACAGGCGCUGCCACACGUGGCGCGGCAUCUACGGUACCAUCCUACAUAUUACUAUACUGCGCGCCUGCACGUCGCGCGGCCCGCCGCCCCCGCCCGGCGCCGCGCCCCACACCACGCACAGGCGCUGCCACACGUGGCGCGGCAUCUACGGUACCAUCCUACAUAUUACUAUACUGCGCGGCAUCUACGGUACCAUCCUACAUAUUACUAUACUGCGCGGCCUGCACGUCGCGCGGCCCGCCGCCCCCGCCCGGCGCCGCGCCCCACACCACGCACAGGCGCUGCCACACGUGGCGCGGCAUCUACGGUACCAUCCUACAUAUUACUAUACUGCGCGGCAUCUACGGUACCAUCCUACAUAUUACUAUACUGCGCGGCCUGCACGUCGCGCGGCCCGCCGCCCCCGCCCGGCGCCGCGCCCCACACCACGCACAGGCGCUGCCACACGUGGCGCGGCAUCUACGGUACCAUCCUACAUAUUACUAUACUGCGCGGCAUCUACGGUACCAUCCUACAUAUUACUAUACUGCGCGGCCUGCACGUCGCGCGGCCCGCCGCCCCCGCCCGGCGCCGCGCCCCACACCACGCACAGGCGCUGCCACACGUGGCGCGGCAUCUACGGUACCAUCCUACAUAUUACUAUACUGCGCGGCAUCUACGGUACCAUCCUACAUAUUACAUACUGCGCGGCCUGCACGUCGCGCGGCCCGCCGCCCCCGCCCGGCGCCGCGCCCCACACCACGCACAGGCGCUGCCACACGUGGCGUGGCAUCUACGGUACCAUCCUACAUAUUACUAUACUGCGCGGCAUCUACGGUACCAUCCUACAUAUUACUAUACUGCGCGGCCUGCACGUCGCGCGGCCCGCCGCCCCCGCCCGGCGCCGCGCCCCACACCACGCACAGGCGCUGCCACACGUGGCGCGGCAUCUACGGUACCAUCCUACAUAUUACUAUACUGCGCGGCCUGCACGUCGCGCGGCCCGCCGCCCCCGCCCGGCGCCGCGCCCCACACCACGCACAGGCGCUGCCACACGUGGCGCGGCAUCUACGGUACCAUCCUACAUAUUACUAUACUGCGCGGCCUGCACGUCGCGCGGCCCGCCGCCCCCGCCCGGCGCCGCGCCCCACACCACGCACAGGCGCUGCCACACGUGGCGCGGCAUCUACGGUACCAUCCUACAUAUUACUAUACUGCGCGGCCUGCACGUCGCGCGGCCCGCCGCCCCCGCCCGGCGCCGCGCCCCACCACGCACAGGCGCUGCCACACGUGGCGCGGCAUCUACGGUACCAUCCUACAUAUUACUAUACUGCGCGGCAUCUACGGUACCAUCCUACAUAUUACUAUACUGCGCGGCCUGCACGUCGCGCGGCCCGCCGCCCCGCCCGGCGCCGCCCCCACACCACGCACAGGCGCUGCCACACGUGGCGCGGCAUCUACGGUACCAUCCUACAUAUUACUAUACUGCGCGGCAUCUACGGUACCAUCCUACAUAUUACUAUACUGCGCGGCCUGCACGUCGCGCGGCCCGCCGCCCCCGCCCGGCGCCGCGCCCCACACCACGCACAGGCGCUGCCACACGUGGCGCGGCAUCUACGGUACCAUCCUACAUAUUACUAUACUGCGCGGCCUGCACGUCGCGCGGCCCGCCGCCCCCGCCCGGCCCGCGCCCCACACCCGCACAGGCGCUGCCACACGUGGCGCGGCAUCUACGGUACCAUCCUACAUUUACUACUACUGCGCGGCCUGCACGUCGCGCGCCCCGCCGCCCCCGCCCGGCGCCGCGCCCCACACCACGCACAGGCGCUGCCACACGUGGCGCGGCAUCUACGGUACCAUCCUACAUAUUACUAUACUGCGCGGCAUCUACGGUACCAUCCUACAUAUUACUAUACUGCGCGGCCUGCACGUCGCGCGGCCCGCCGCCCCCGCCCGGCGCCGCGCCCCACACCACGCACAGGCGCUGCCACACGUGGCGCGGCAUCUACGGUACCAUCCUACAUAUUACUAUACUGCGCGGCAUCUACGGUACCAUCUUACAUAUUACUAUACUGCGCGGCAUCUACGGUACCAUCCUACAUAUUACUAUACUGCGCGGCAUCUACGGUACCAUCCUACAUAUUACUAUACCCAUUUCUACAACUAUACAUCUUCAGACGACCAGAUACCACGUCAUAGUCACCUGCAGCGCGAACUUCUAUACCAGAGGGCUAUACUAG